CUGAAGCGCCAGGGCAGCAGGCGACGAGUGACGACGACGUGCUAACGUGUUAGCCGGCUAGCCACCGCUAUCUGGUGUGUGUGUGCACGGAGGAGGCGAUUUACACAUGAUAUAGAGUAAAAAUCCAGAAUAUAGCACGUUUUACUUGAGGUCGGCCUUCCACGCGAUUUAACUAUGCCCAGCAAAAAGAAGAAAUACAACGCCAGAUUCCCCCCGGCGAGGAUUAAGAAGAUUAUGCAGACAGAUGAAGAAAUAGGAAAGGUGGCCGCAGCAGUCCCCGUUAUAAUUUCGAGAGCCCUGGAGCUUUUUUUGGAAUCGUUGCUCACAAAGGCCUGUCAAGUCACCCAGUCUAGGAAUGCAAAGACGAUGACAACGUCACAUCUAAAACAGUGUAUUGAACUGGAGCAACAGUUUGAUUUCCUGAAAGACCUGGUGGCAACAGUGCCAGACAUGCAGGGCGAGGGGGAAGAGAACCACACUGAGGGGGGAGGAGAAAAAGUUUCCCGCAGGGGUCGAAAACCAGGAACUGGACGCAAGAAUGGAGGGGUCGGCUCCAAAGGCAAGGACAAGAAGUUGUCUGGCACCGAGUCAGAGCAAGAGGAUGACUCUGAAGACAGCGAGACAGAGGGGGACGAGGAGGACGGCUCUCAGUCCAGCACAAAUCUACAGGCUGCAGCCAGGUUCCACAGCUCCAAUGCGCCCCCCCAGUACACGCACAUGGGCAACAUGGUCUCAGCAGGCAGCAUGGCACCAGCACAGCCCCAGGGCACCAUGGCCUUCGCCCCGCACCCCUCCAUGAUGAGCGCUGCACUGCCUCCGCCAGCCCCCGCGCCGCACAAAAACGAGGAUGACGACGAUGAAGACUAUGACUCUUAGCUCCGUCUGCCCACCUCCUCCACCAAUCAUUCUCACACACACACACACACACAAACACAUACACUUUCAGCUUUAUUUUCGAUCUCUUGAGUUGUUGCGGCGGACGCUCUAAACAGAGGAGGGAAAGACUCUUCAUAACAGCCUGCUGGCAGAAAACCCCUCGACAGCCGGCUGAAAGAGACUCCGCCACAGGAAACAGAAAACUGGUUGUAUAAUGUGUUUUAAUUUUCUUUUUUCUUUUUCUUUUU